CAUUCAGAAAGUGAGGUGUGGACCGUGUGGUGAGGUCAGGACAGAGUUUCCUUCCAAGAUCAGACCGCUACGCUGCUCUGCAUCCGAUUCUUCAGUGCCAUACGCGCACCGACGCUCUCGACGUUUACUUGAUAUAUCUAUAGAUUAUUAUCACCAUAAAUAUACAUCACAAUAAGCGUUUCAAUUUCAAUUUCUGUUGCCUUUUCAGGUUCAAUUUUUCAAAAUUCCUACUUUUUAGGGAAAUUACUCUACUUAUCUCCAUCGCUAUCAAUUCGUUUUCCUUCUACUUACCUAUCCUCCAUACGAUUUCUAGUUUUAUCCAAUUAUUAGGGUUUUUUCAUCGAUUCAAUUUCUAAUAUUGCUUGCUCUAUGUAACAUGAGGUGACUUGAAGAUGGAUGACAUGCCGGGAUAUAUGCGUUACUGCUUGAACACAGGGAAGCUUGUCUUUUUGGCAAUUUUAGUUUCAGGAGGAAUCGUCUUGCAAAUUUUGGCUUGUGCUUUGUAUAAUAAUUGGUGGCCGAUGCUUAGUGCGAUAUCGUAUGUUCUUCUUCCAAUGCCUUUGCUGUUCUUUGCUGGGUCUGAUGGUUCUUCCAUGUUCUCCGAAUCUGAUAACACCUGGGUGAAUAUUGCCAAGUUCUUGACAGGAGCCUCAACUCUCGGAGGCAUUGCCAUUCCGAGCAUUUUAAAGCAUGCCGGGGUGAUCGGUUGGGCAGCCUUUGCAAUGGAACUCUCUUCUUUCUUUGUGUUUGUAUUAGCUAUAUUGUGUUACCUGGGGAUGGGUGAGGAAGAUAGUUAUUACAGUAUGCUAUGAAACAGGAGUUCAGCAAGGCUUGAUUCAUAGGUGUAAAAAUGUAUCCGUUCCUUUUGUGUGCUAUUUAUUUCUUUUGCUUGUGUAAUAUUCACCUCAACACCCCCUCAGUUCAAAUAUUGAUAAACCUGUACUAUAAAUUCUUUGCUUUUGCGUUUAUAAGAGUAUUGAUAGCCUCUAA